AUGUCAGGGUAUAAAAGAAUUAUUAAUGCAGUAUAUGACGACGAAACCGUUAGAGUCUAUCAAGCAUAUAAAGCAACAAUUGCAGAUGAUGCUAUUAAAAAUCAAAGAUUUACUGAAGCAUCAGGAUGGAAACAAGACCGUAUGACAUGGAUUAAACCAAGUUUUUGUUGGAUGCUUUAUAGAAGUGGGUAUGCAACAAAACACAACCAAGAAAGAAUUUUGGCAAUUGAUAUAAAACGUUCAGCUUUUGAAUGGAUAUUAGAAAAUCAUAUAGAUUCUACAGAAACUGCAAAAAGUUCAAUUCCUUCUGAAAAAAAGAAAAUAGUGGUCCAAUGGGACCCAGAAAGAAAUUUUAAAAUUGGUAAAAUUGAUGGUUGUGGAGAUGUUAGAUCAAUUCAAAUUGGUAUUAAAGCGGUAAAAACUAAAGAAUAUAAUGAAGAUUGGAUAGUUAGAAUUCAAGAUGUUACCGAUCUUGCACAUCAAAUUAAAGAAUUAGUUGAAUUAAAAGAUUUUGAAAAAGCCAACGCAUUAUUACCAAACGAAAGAAUAUAUAAGCCAAAGAAUGUCAGAUUUAAUUAA